AUGAAUAUAGUGUUAAAACUAAUUCUCUCACUAUCAGUUCCUAUAAUAAUAGGAGUAUCAUUUAAUCUUUCAGUUUUUUAUUACGUGCUAUACCAAAACGUAAGCUAGUGGGAGAAACAGUAAACAUAAUAAGUAAUCAUAAAUGAAAAUUAAAAGCUUCAUAAUUUACUAUACGCUCUCAAAACUACAAUAGAAAUAAGCUUUAAUACUAUAGAACAAGACUUGAUUAAAUUUCACAACUUCUAUUAUAAGAGAAUGAAGAACAAAGUAAUAGCAAGGAAAUAAUUCUAAUAUAUACCAUGCUCUUAUAGGUACUAUGCUUUUAAUAACUGCACUUAACUUAUGUAUUAAGAAUUUAAGAAGAGCAACACUUAUGUUUAAGGAUAUUUUCAUAGAACUACUUUUGAAUUUGAUGAAUUUUCAGAUGAUGCUAAACAAAGAUUAAAAAAUAUUUGGGACUCUUACUUUUUAGCUACAUCAAGUUAUAUAGCUCGUAAGAAGAGUUUAAUUGCUAUAAGUUAAUCUUUUUAGGCCUAUAAUGAUUCUCUAUUUACUACUACUCCGAUGCUGGACAUGAAUUUAACAGCUUUUUAACCUUAUUAGACAUGCAUUAAGAAUUAAACGUUUUUAGAAAAUUAUGAUCCUAGAUGUAGAGGAUGGUAUUAAAGCACAGUAUAAUAAGCAGGAAAAUAUGAAGUUUACCAGUAUAAGCCAUAUAAAGAUGCUUUCACUAAUACAAUAACAAUGUCUGGUACUGCUUUGCUAUUAGAUGAGAAAACAAACGAUUUUAUAUCAAUUAUAGGAAUGGAUUUCACUAUUACAAACUUAAUUUAAAGCAUACUUGCAAGUUCUGACGAAUUGGAUGAAUCUUAAAUCUCAUCAGGAUACUCUUUGAUUUUUCACGAUAAUAAUAAUACAAUUUUUCAUCAUAAAUAUUGGAAAAAUACUGAUGAUGUUGAAUAUAGUUGGUAAGAUUUAGAAUAUAACUCUACAACUAUUUAUUCUAUAGAAGAGAAAAAUUCAUUUAUUCAAUAAGUAUCAAAUGCAAAGGCUCAUGCUGAAUAAUUUAAUUAUAACAUAGAAAAAUAAAUAAAUAUUGAUUAAUUUUACAUUCCUUUCUCGAAAAAUAAUCUAAGCUAGUAACUAUAGUUUAGUGUAUCCAAUAAAAUCUUUAUAGUAGUGGUAGAUUUUUCCUAACACUACUUAAAAUAGAAUAAUUAUGUAUGUGGGGAGAGUUCAGAGAGAUUUAAGAUAUAUCCUACAGUCUUACAAAAUAUUUGA